AUGGCCGCUCUCUCGGAACCUCCGCCAACCUCUGCUGAUACACAGUUGCAAGCAAACAACCAGCUGCCGCCGCUCUCGCCCUCGUCGAGCUUUCAUCACCACCGCUCGAUCCCGCGCUCCUCGUCGAUAUCGGAACCCACGUCCGACGACCUGACGGCCCUCUCUCACUUUGCCCCGCAGCGUCACGCACACGCGCCGACGCACACGCAAACGCACACGCACACGCACACGCAAACGAGCACGCAUCCGAGCCCGUCGAGCAAGACGCAGAGCUUCUUCAACCGAGCGGCUGCCGUGCUGGACAGGACCCAAAACGCCUUGGCGAGCUUCUCCGAACCCGUCAUCCGCCACCGGUCAUCCAACUCGGCCCUCACGCGGCUCUCCGUCGUCCAAACCGUCGACGACCCAGCGUCGGAGCCGACGAGCCCGGGAAGCAGCGCUCGCUUCAGGAGCUCGUCCAGCCAGUCUCUGGGUUCCGCCAUCAAGGUCGACGACGGGCAGUCGGUGAAAGACCUGUCGAUCCAGUCCAUCACCGACACCCUGUCCGGCUAUCCCCUAGCCAUCAAGGCAUCCUGCCCCGACAAGAUGCAUCAAACAUCAUCGCGCCUGCUGCGCAUGACGGACGAUGAUCGUCCGUUCACGAGGGUGGCUGCCGCCUCUGUCGUCCUCAUCCUCAUCCUCAUCCUCAUCCUCAUCCUCAUCCUCAUCCUCAUCCUCAUCCUCAUCCUCAUCCUCAUCCUCAUCCUCAUCCUCAUCCUCAUCCUCAUCCUCAUCCUCAUCCUCAUCCUCAUCCUCAUCCUCAUCCUCAUCCUCAUCCUCAUCCUCAUCCUCGUCCUCGACUUCAAAGAUCUCUUCUCGACCCUCAUCGUCAGUCUCCUGCCGCUCUCGGCCCACCGGGUGCGCCUGUCCAAGGUGGAGCACACGUUCCUGUCCGAGGACGCCAUCAACAACCUCGGGUCGCUCAAGUUCUCCCAGUCCAACCGCAUGCCGGAUCCCAAGGACCCGUCGAGGAUAGUGACCACCACCACCACCACCACCUUCUCCAUGGCCAAGGACAUGGCGAGGUCCAUCUGCCAGCGCUUCGUCGAGGCCCGCUUCAUCGAGUCGGCCGACGGCAAGUACCAGCAGGUGUACAGCAUGAAGGGCUCGGUGUGGCAGCUGACGGCCAAGGGCGUCACCGUGCUGGAUCGCUUCUGCGCGCGCAACGGCAUCCAGCAGAAGCAGGUGGCCGAGCUGUCGAGCAUGAACGCCGCCCAGCUCGUCAUCCUCGAGCGCGACAUGCUGACGGACAAGCUCCUCAGCGACCCGGCCACGGUCGAGGUCAUCUUCCGCCGCUUCGUCGGCUCCGACCGGCGCAACGUCAAGCCGUCGGCGGCGGCGGCCGACUCGGAGUCGCUGCUCGACUACCGCGACGGCCUCACGGGCGUCAAGAUGGCGGCCGAGCGCAAGGUCAACGGGCGCAUCUUCCGCGACUCCUUCACCGGCAAGGCGGCGACGGACUGGCUCAUGGACUGCUCGACCAUCGUCGACCGCCGGGAGACGCUCGAGAUCGCCACGCUCUUCGUCGAGAACGGGCUGAUGGAGGCGAUCCUGCCGGACCGGACCUUUGCCCUGCAGAACCCCGGCCUCGGCCUGUUCCAGCCGACCAAGAACGCCAUCUACCAGCUCUCGCCGCGCGGCAAGGACCUCAUCAACGGCACCGCCUCGCGGGGCCGCGCCUCGGAGAGCGAGGGCGGCGCGAGCUCGCACCGCAACGGCAUCAGCUCGCGCGACUCCAACACGCAGAGGCUCGACAAGAUCCUCGCCGACCCGGCGCUGCGCCUGCUGUUCCGGGAGAACCUGCGGGAGACGCACUGCGAGGAGAACCUGUCCUUUUACCAGGACGUCGUCGAGUUUGUCGGCGGCUGCAAGACGGCCAUCCGGCAGGCGCGCAAGGCGCCGACGGCCGCCUCGAUGGACAGCAUCAAGGAGAUCAUGGCCCAGGCGUACGGCAUCUACAACGCCUUCCUCGCGCCCGGGUCGCCGUGCGAGCUCAACAUCGACCACCAGCUGCGGAACAGCCUCGCGACGCGCAUGACCAAGGCCGUCGGCCAGGACCACACCAUGAUCGACACGCUGCAGGAGGUGACGGCGCUGUUUGAGGAUGCGCAGAACGCCGUCUUUAAGCUCAUGGCCAGCGAUUCGGUGCCCAAGUUUCUGCGCAACGCCAAGUACGAGCACCAGCUGCGGAGUUGCGAGCUCGACACGACGGGGCGCGGACCCGAGCGGAGCCAGAGCCGAUCGAACCGAGGCGACAAGGUGGCGGACCUGCUGGCGCCAGCCUCGACGAAGCGUGCGUAG